AUUUGCUGACCUACGCUGUGGCUGAGCUGAAGCUGGCAAAGCCGAGCACCCCUGCCUGCCCAGCUGAGGUGUUCCUAGCGGAGGAGGGGGAGGGGGAGGCACCGCCGCUAUAACUCAUUAAUACAUCAUAAAUUCUCAAGCACGGGGGCUAUAACCACCACAAACCCCACAAAUCAAGCCCUCCAAGAUAUAAACCCACAUGAGUUAUUACUUUGUACAUUCGUUCUCAGGACGCUACCCUAAUGCCCCAGACUAUCAGCUGUUAAAUUAUGGGACCGGCAGAUCCAUGGAUGGAUCCUAUAGAGAUCCAGGCAACAUGCACGCCGGCUCUUACGGGAGAUACAAAUACAAUGGAAUGGAUCUGAGCAUCAGCGGAUCAGCCACCACCACCACCUCCUCCUCCUCCAGCCAAUUUGGAGCGAUUGGGGAGAGCUCUCGCAUCUUUUCUGCCCAGGCAGCGCUCGAAAGCAGGUUAAGAGAGGCGUUCAGCUGCUCCUUGUCCUGUCCCGAAUCCCUCCCUUGCACCAGCACCAGUAGUGGCAGUGUCAACAAAAGCCGUGGAGGCAAGACAUCCGGGUCCUCCCACGCCACAGUAGCUUCUGUCGGCGCAGUUAGCGUCACCGCGUUUGCCGAAAUAGACGAAACCAGCGCGUCCUCGCGAACCGAAGAGAGCGGUUCUCAAGCCAACAACAGCACCCGAGUUCAGACGGAGCCGAACGCCACCUCCACGCCGGCCGCAUAA